UAGAAAUGGCUGGCCUUGGUUGUAACAUGUUUUGAUUUCUGAGACAAACUGCAAAUCGAAAAUGGCUGACAAGACAGCACCAGAAGCACAGCUGAGAUUAGAGUGGGUCUAUGGAUAUAGAGGACAUCAAUGUCGAAACAAUCUGUUUUAUACUUCAAACAAAGAUAUAGUUUAUUUUGUCGCCGGUGUUGGCAUCGUUUAUUCCGUCAGAGAGCAUAAACAGCGCUUUUUCUUGGGACAUGACGAUGAUAUUAUCAGCUUGACAUUACAUCCUGAAAGAUCACUGGUAGCUACUGGACAGAUUGGUAAAAAGCCCUAUAUAUGUGUCUGGGAUACAUCUACUUGUGAAACCGUUUCUAUUUUAAAAGAGGGUCAUGAACAUGGAGUUUCUGCCAUGGGUUUUGACAGAGAGGGCAGUAGACUUGUUUCUGUUGGCCUUGAUCAACACUCAACUAUCAAUGUAUGGGAUUGGAGAAAAGGUAAAAUACUGGCUACAGUUCGGGGUCAUUCAGAUAAAGUAUUUGAUGUCCAGUUUCAUCCCUUUAUGGAAAAUACAAUUGUCUCUUGUGGUGUUAAACAUAUAAAAUUUUGGUCUUUGUGUGGAAAUGCACUAACAGCUAAGAAAGGUGUCUUUGGUAAAGUGGGAGAAAUUCAAACUAUUUUGUGUUUGGCAUUUGGUGCUGGUAAUCUCACAUAUUCUGGUACUAUGAGUGGUGAUAUUUAUAUCUGGAAAGAUAAUAAUCUAGACAGUGUUAUACAAGGAGCUCACAAUGGGGCUAUUUAUACACUAGAUAUGUGUGAUGAAGGUUUUACAUCUGGUGGUAAAGAUUCUAUUGUUAAAUUAUGGGAUAUAGAUUUUAAACCAAUAUCUUCUGUUAAUUUGGCCACUGCUCAAAAUGGGUAUAAAGGAUUAUGUGUUAGAAGUGUAUGUUGGAGAGCAGAUCGACUUGUAGUUGGAACACAAGACAGUGAAAUAUUUGAGGUGGAUGUUAAAGAUAAAAAUCGACCCCAUUGUUUAGUACAAGGUCAUGCUGAAGGAGAACUAUGGGCUUUAGCUAUUCAUCCUAGAAAAUCUAUAUUCGCCACUGCCAGCGAUGAUCAGACUCUGCGAUUGUGGAAUAUGUCUAAUUGUGAAAGUCUAUCAAAGACAACAUUAGAUUUAAAGAUACGAUCAUGUGCGUUUGAUGCUGAUGGUAACCAGAUAGCUGUUGGUUUUACUGAUGGUUCAUUUAUGGUGUUAAAAUCCAGAGAUCUUUCAGAAAUUGCUCGUAUGAAAGACAGGAAAGAAGUAAUCCAUGAAAUGAAAUUCUCACCUUGUGGCAAAUUUUUGGCCGUAGCUUCCAAUGAUAAUUUUGUUGAUAUAUAUUCGGUGGAACAACGAUUUAAACGAGUUGGUACAUGUUCUGGUAGUUCUAGUUUUAUCACACAUAUUGAUUGGUCUGAUGAUAGUAAAUAUCUACAGACUAACAGUGGUGCAGCUGAACGACUCUUUUUUAAAAUGCCAGUGGGAAAACAAGUAACGAAUAAAGAAGAAAUAAUGGCCAUACAUUGGUCAACUUUUACUGGUGUAUUAGGAGCCGAAGUAAAUGGUAUAUGGGAGAAAUAUACUGAUACUAAUGAUGUUAAUGCUGUAGAUGCUAAUUUUAGUGCUGAGACAGUUGUUACUGGAGAUGAUUUUGGUUUAGUUAAGCUUUUUAGAUUUCCAUGCCUUAAGAAAGGAGCUAAAUUUAGAAAAUAUACCGGCCAUUCUGCUCAUGUGAGUAAUGUACGAUUCUCAAAUGAUAAACACCGAGUUAUAUCAACAGGAGGAGCUGAUCAUGCCAUCUUUCAGUGGCGUUUCUUUCCUAAAGGUAGUGGAGUUGAUGAUAUGAGUAUUGGUGGGGUUGAUGCAUAUGUUGAUAGUAAUAGUGAAGACAGUGAUUCUGAUUUAUCUGAUGUUGGUGAAAUAGAUUCUGAUCUAGAGAGAGAAAAACAGGUGAAUUAUGAUAGAGCUUUAUAUAAAGAAGAUGCUGUAGCCUUAAAGAAAUUAAUGAGACAAGAUAUGAAGGCUGGUGCUAAACGUAAAAAGGGACCUGAAGAUAGUCUUAAAUUACAAUACGUCCAUGGGUAUCGAGGCUAUGAUUGUAGAAACAACUUGUUUUAUACACAAAGUGGAGAGAUUGUUUAUCAUGUAGCUGCUACUGGUAUAGUGUAUAAUAAAGAUAAAAAUGAGCAGAAGUUUUAUACACAACACACAGAUGAUAUAUUAUGUUUAUGUAUACAUCCACUAAAAGAUCUUGUAGCUACUGGUCAGGUUGGCCGUGAACCCACCAUUCAUAUUUGGGAUGCAGAAACAUUAAAAACUGGAGCAAUUCUAAAAGGAGGUCAUCAAAGAGGUGUCUGUGCUGUAGAUUUCUCAGCUGAUGGAAAGAAACUGGUCUCAGUAGGAUUAGAUGACAACCAUACCAUUGUUGUAUGGGACUGGAAAAAAGGAGAAAAGCUUGCUUCAACAAGAGGUCAUAAAGAUAAAAUAUUUGUUGUAAAAUGGAAUCCGUUUGAUGGUAGUAAGUUGGUAUCAGUUGGUGUCAAACAUAUUAAAUUCUGGACUCAAACAGGUGGGGGAUUUACAUCCAAUAGAGGAACAUUAGGUAAAGUAGCCAAGUUAUGUGAUAUGUUAUGUGUAGCCUAUGGUAAAACUGAUGAUAUAUGCUUCUCUGGUGGCAGUGAUGGUAAUGUCUUUAUAUGGCAAGGUCUUACCUUACAGAAAGUUAUUAAAGCACAUGAAGGACCUGUAUUCUCAAUGCACUCCCUAGAUAAGGGUUUUGUAACAGGUGGUAAAGAUGGAGUUGUAGGAUUAUGGGAUGAUCAGUUUGAAAGAUGUUUAAAAACCUAUGCUAUCAAGAGAACAGCUGUGGCACCAGGAUCUAAAGGAAUAUUAAUACAGGAAUCCCCAGCUAUCAGAGCUAUUGUAUUAGGUCAUGGUAAAAUACUUGUUGGAACUAAAAAUGGUGAAAUCAUUGAAGUAGAUAAAUCAGGACCUAUGACCAUAUUAACACAGGGUCAUAUGGAAGGUGAAAUAUGGGGACUAGACUGCCAUCCUAGUCAGGCUAUUUAUGCUACAGUCAGUGAUGAUAAAACAUUACGAUUAUGGGAUUUAUCUGUUGAUCAUCGUAUGUUAAACUAUAAGGAGUUAAAACAGGGAGGUCGAUGUGUUGCAUUCUCUCCAGAUGGCAAAGCUUUAGCUAUUGGUUUGAAAGAUGGUAGUUUUACAGUAGUUAAUGCAGAGAGUAUGGAUGAUAUUAUAACUAUACAUCAUAGAAAAGAAGAAAUAUCAGAUAUUAGAUUCUCUCCUGAGACUGGAAAGUAUUUGGCUGUAGCCUCCCAUGAUAAUUUUGUUGAUAUUUACAAUGUACAAAGCACAAAGCGUGUUGGUACCUGUAAAUCCGCUUCAAGUUAUAUUACACAUAUUGACUGGGAUAGUAAAGGAAAGGUGAUUAUGGUAAAUUCUGGAGCUAAAGAACAGCUGUUUUUUGAAGCACCAAGAGGAAAGCGUAUAACAAUGAGAUCUAAUGAUAUAGAAAAGUUUAACUGGGCUAGUUGGACAUGUGUAUUAGGUACUUCCACAGAAGGUAUCUGGCCACCCAAGAGUGAUGUAACUGAUGUUAAUGCUACAUGUUUAACUAAGGAUAGAUCCAUCCUAGCUACAGCAGAUGAUUUUGGUUUUGUUAAAUUAUUUGCCUACCCUGCAAAGGGAAAAUAUGCUAAAUGUAAGAAAUAUAGUGGACACAGUGCUCAUGUUACCAAUGUACGAUGGUCACACGAUGAAAAAUAUCUGAUGUCUAUUGGUGGAGCUGAUACUGCCGUAAUGGUGUGGUCUCACAUCAUGUCUGCCAAUAAAACCAAUACAUGUGGAGAAAGUGAUGAUUCUGAUACAGAUUCUGAAGAAGAGGGUUAUGAUAGUGAUGUAGAAAGGGAGAAGAAUAUGGAUUAUAAUACUAAGAUAUAUGUUAGUCCUAUUAGAGAGAAGGAAGGUGUGAAACCACAUUGUCAGCAACAAGAUAACAAAACCAAUGAUAAACCAAUAGCAAGUCGAAGUGUAAAUAAACCACCAUUAGUACAGAAAGGGGAGUUACCACCAACUGCUGGUGGUAAAAGAAAAAAAGUUACUCCUGUUUCAGAUUUGGAGUUAGAAUAUGUACAUGGUUAUAGAGGGUUUGAUGCUCGUAGUAAUCUAUAUUAUUGUAAUGAUGGUAGUGAUAUAGUGUUUCAUGCAGCAGGAGCUGGUAUAGUACAAAAUAUGUCAACAGGAAGUCAGUCAUUUUAUUUGGAACAUACAGAUGAUAUUAUUUGUCUAGAUCCUAAUCAACAUCCUAAAUUUAGAAAUGUUAUAGCCACCGGUCAAAUCGGAAAUCCUCCAAGUGUACAUGUUUGGGAUGCAGCCACAAAGAAGACCUUGUCUAUUAUAAGAGGUGUACAUUCGAAAGGAGUUUGUUCUGUAGAUUUUUCGUGUACUGGUAAACUCCUGUUAUCAGUUGGUUUAGAAGAGGAACAUAAUCUAGCUGUAUGGAGAUGGCAGGAUGGAACUAAAGUAGCUAGUUGUCCUGGCCACUCUCAGAGAAUAUUCCGAGCUGAAUUCCGUCCGGAUUCUGAUACCCAGUUUGUAACUGUUGGUGUAAAGCAUGUUAAGUUUUGGACUAUUGCUGGAAGUCAACUAGUUGGUAAACGUGGUAUAUUAGGAGACGUGGGUUCGGGAACUAAUAUCAAAAAGAUGCAGACAAUGUUAUCUUUAGCCUUUGGCGCUAAUAGUGUAACAUAUACUGGUGCUCUGAGUGGUGAUGUGUAUGUAUGGAAAGAGAAUCAACUAAUACGUCUGGUACAGAAAGCUCAUACAGGUCCAGUCUUCUCUAUGUUUACAACUUUACGUGAUGGUUUGAUAGUCACCGGUGGAAAAGAAGUACCAUCUAAAGACAAUGGACCGGUUAAACUUUGGGAUCAAGAUAUGAAGAGAUGUAAAGCUUUUCCUAUAAGAGAUGAAGGAAAGAGGGCUGAUGUUGUUAAAUCCGUAUGUAGAUGUAAGGGAAAAAUACUGGUAGGAACACGGGAUAAUUCUAUCGUUGAAGUAGGUGAGAAAGAUGGUGGUAUACAGGUACUGGUAGCAGGCCAUUCAGAAGGAGAAGUAUGGGGAUUAGAUUCUCACCCUACUCUUAAUCAGUUUAUAACAGCUAGUUUUGAUGGUAGUGUUAGAAUGUGGGACAUUGCUAAAAAGACUCUUUUAGCUCGUAUAGAAGUUGGGUCAGCAAGAUCAGUAGCUUUUAGUCCUGAUGGUGAAUUAAUAGCCGUUGGUUUGAAUAAUGGAGAAUUUAUUGUACUAUCUGUUAAUGGUUUGAAGUUAUGGGGUAAAAAAAGAGAUCGUGCUGGAGCUAUUAAUGAUGUCAAAUUCAGUCCUGAUAAUAAAUAUUUAGCUGUUGGCUCAGAAGAUAAGUAUGUUGAUUUUUAUGAUUUGAGCAAGGGACCAAGUCUGGCCAGAACUAAUUUCUGUAAAGGAAUACCAAGUUUUGUCAUCCAGAUGGAUUUCUCUGCGGAUAGUAAAUUUAUACGGGUUGGUACUGGUGAUUAUACACCACAUGUAUAUACUGUACCUGCUGGUAUAUUAGUUGAAGAUAAACAACAACUCUCUGCAAUAACAUGGUCUACAUGGACAAGCGUAUUGGGUGAUGAGGUUUUAGGAAUAUGGCCAAGAGAUUCUGAUAAUGCGGAUGUCAACUGUGCUCAUCUGUCACAUCUUGGAACAGCGCUAGCUACAGGCGAUGAUAAUGGAUUUGUUAAACUUUUUGACUUUCCUUGUCCUAAUAGAAAUGCUACACACAAGAGAUUUGUGGGACACUCAGCUCAUGUUACCAAUGUAAAGUUUUCAUCAGAUGACAAACAUUUAAUAAGUACAGGAGGAGAUGAUUGCUGUGUAUUUGUUUGGAAGUGUUUGUAAAGAGUUCCAUCUAAAUGUUUCAAGAUCUCAUAAGGCAGCCAUUUUUAAUUUGAUUCCUAAGGAUAUUACAUGUAAUUUUUUUUAUAUGCCUUUAUUAUGAACAUGUUACUAAAUUAUUAAUCGUGUUAUAUUUCAUUAUGUUAGUACAUCUGUUUAUUUAUUGUUAGAAUAUAAUCGAUUCAUAAAUCAAAUUUACUCAUAAUUUUUUGGUACUGGACUUGAUAAUGAGGAGUCUAGGCUUUAAAAAUGCUUGUAGUUCAAUAUCUAUUUGAGGUGAAGUUUAGUAUAACCAGUGUUGAAUAAUGUAGGUAUAGUCAUUGCACUCCAACAUGCAACAUUAAUUUAAGCCCUAGUACUAUAGAAUUAUGGUGUUGGUUUGUUUUAUAGAUCUACGCAGAAGUGAACUUUUAUAUUUAUAUAUAUUUGAUAUCAUAUUUCUACUUAAAGUAGAUCUGAUCACAGGUCUGUAAUCCUCAAUUCAAACCAACAGAUGUUAUAUAUGUCCUUUUCAAAUGCAUGCACAUUGCACUAACAGUAAUGUGUUUAAGUUGUAUAUGUUUUUCAGUACUUCAGUUUAUAAUAGUACAGUAAUUUUUAGGUAAACAGAAAUUAUUAUACAGAAAACAUGAUGAGUUGACAAGCAUAAAAAGUGCUUUGAUUUUAUGAUAGCUUUUCCGUCCAUAUCCGAAUCUGUCCUAGAUUAAUUCAUGUGCAUGUAUCUUAUGUAUAUUUUAUCUGUGAUAUUUGAUUUCUAGAUUUUGAUAAUUCUAACUAAUUUUACAGUUUAUUAUUUAAGUUUUGAUAUGCAUAUAGAUGUCUCAACAUAUAAUUGUAGUAAUAUAUUAUUUUGAUAAAAUAAAAGUAUCUCAAAAAUAAUGGCAAUAUUGUGCUCAUGAAAAUUGUAGUAAUAUAUUAUUUUGAUAAAAUAAAAGUAUCCAAAAAAAACACUGGCAAUAUU